GCGUUUCAGCUGUUUCUUUAUUUACACCGCCGCGGGUAGCGUGUUUGAAAUAGUUAUUUAAUUACAUAAAAAUCACAGAAAAUUAUAACGGAAACAAUGGCUUUGCGAUUGCUUAGCCGUUCGAUGGCCUUGCACAUGCGUGGCUUGCAAUUAAACACCACCAGAAGGGGAUUAAACAGUUAUUAUUUGAGUCGGCCAGCGGUAACUCCUGUCUCCUGGUCGUUAGCACAGAAUCGCCUGCUGCACGUCAGGAUUACGGAUCAGGAAGCCGGUUUACAGACUAAGCGAGAGGCCAACAGGAACCUAAAUCCUUUCCGUGAAGAAGUCCUGCAGGAACCUUCCACAGAAGCACCCAAGCAGCGGCACAAAUUUAGACCAGAAAAUAAACUUAAGGAGAAGAGCCCAAAAAAAAAGCUGGACUUUGGGGAUCCGGAUACCUUUGGUGGUGCAAAUAUAAAUGAAACUCAAGACCCCGGAGAUCUCGAAGAGGAGGAGUUUAUUAGCAAUCCCACGCGGCGCUCAAAGAAACUAAAGGCCGUGGAAUAUGCACGCCAUAUCAAGGAUCAUCUGAAAGCGAACCGCCUGAAUGAGGCCAUCGCCGUGCUAGAGCAGCGCAUGCUGCGGGAGGAUCGCGUCAAACCGGACAAGUACAUAUACAACCUGCUGAUCAGCGGCUGCGCCAAGGCGGGAUACACCCGCAAGGCUUUCGCCCUGUACACCAAAAUGCGUCAGCGGGGCCUCCAAGUGACCGGUGGAACCUACACCUCACUUUUCAACGCCUGCGCCAAUGCUCCCUCUUUGGGAGACGGCCUGGCCAAGGCCCAGAUUCUGCGGGAGAACAUGUUGGAGAAGGGCUACGAGCCGAAUGUGAAGAACUACAAUGCAAUGAUAAAAGCCUAUGGAAGGUGCGGGGAUGUUAACACCGCCUACAUGUUGGCCGACGAGAUGGCGGAGCGCCAGCUGGAGCUAAAUGCCGAUACGUUCAACUUUCUGCUGCAGGCAUGUGCCGGCAAUCCAGAGCAUGGAUUCCGGCACGCUCUGCUCACAUGGCACAAAAUGCUCAAGAGCGGUAUCAGUCCGGACUAUUAUAGCUUCAAUACUAUGUUGAGAUGUGCUAGGGAUUGUGGCUUUGGUGACUUGAAUUCGAUGCAGGAGGUUCUCUAUCAGAUCGCUCCGGCAGCAACUGGGCAAAAACCCAUUCCUAAGCUGGAGGAAGGGGAAAAUGAGAAACUACCCAGUAUUACUUCAGCCUCCACUUCGUUACCGGCCCAAAUAGAGGUGUCAACAACAGCGAGCGAGCUGGAACUACCCAACCUUUUGCUGCCUCGGCCUCAUCUGGGCAGCUUAGUGGCAUUGGAGGAUGUUACACGACCACAUGAGCGGUUUCUACUUCUCGGCGGCCUGGUUGGUUUUCUAGAGCAUAUGAAAGAGCACAAAAUCACACCAAACAUAGAAACCUUUACCACACUACUAGAGGUGAUACCGCCUACAAACGCCGCAGAGAAGCAGCUGCUCACUUUUGUGCGAAAGAUUGGACUCAAGGCGGACAUAGACUUCUUCAACAUACUAAUCAAAAAGCGGUCCAUGCGGUUCGAUUACGAGAACGCACGAGAGGUGCUUACUAUGAUUCGAACGGCGGGCUUGCGGCCGGACAUUGUCACCUACGGUGUACUUGCUUUGGGUUGCCGCACCCAAGAGGAGGCAAGGGAACUGCUGCAACAGAUGCAAGUAGCGGGAAUAAAGAUGAACAUGCCUAUUUUAGGCGCCAUGCUGCGGCAGGGAUGCGCGAACAAAUCCUUCAGCUACAUCAAUGAGAUAAUUCAGUUGAGUCUGGAAGAGGGCAUCAAGCCCAAUGAAUCCUUUCUGCGUCACCUGCACAACUUUCACAGAGGAUGCGCGAGAGCAAUUGAUGCUAGGCAUCCGUCGACCAAGACAGCCGCCUUCAAGAAAGGACACUCGAAAUUCUGUGAUAAAUACCGCCUGUACUACGAGGAGCUGGGUUUAGCUGGUCUUAAGCUAGAAGAUGCCAUUGCCAAGGUUAAGGAGCGCCCAUAUCAGAAAUAUAAGGAGCCGGCCGCCGAGGGAAUGGAGCCACUCAAGCACGAGCAACUGAAACGGAAAACCAAAAUACGGAAGUACAUCAAGAAGAUCAAGAUAGAUGAGCUCCAGGAUGACCCUCCCAGAGAGCCUUUAAAGAGGAUAGAAUAAGUUUAGUAGUGUAAAAGCCAUUAAAGUUUAUUAUUUGUUAACCAA